CUGACAAUCAAGUUGGAACUUCCCACGGUUAAUCACUAUCUGAGCAAAAACAAAGAUUGAACAAAAGUGCCAAAUAGCAAUUCGGGAACUAAACAAAUUACAUUUACAAAAUACCGUUAUUGUAAAAACGUUUCUGAGGCAAACACAAAUUAAUGAUUCUCAAAUAAGCAACCUUACGCAAAUACCCCUGAACAAUUAAUAUCUUACUGGUACAUCCACCAACAGGCGCCAAUAAUUUCUAUAGUGAGUUUAUAACCUGUAAUACAAUAUAAGUAUGGUUUUCCGCUGCUUCAUAUGACUGCGUUGAAACUACUUUACGGCUCCAGGAGAUAAAAUGAAUAACACAUUUUCAGCAUUUACCAAAAUUUCUGAUGUUCCGCGAACGAUUGCAUACAUUUAAAAGGUGAUAUCAAUUAGGCAAAAACAUUGUCAGUUUAUCUGAACGUAUUGAAUAGCUUGACCGAACCUCGCUAAAACAAAUAAAGACAUAGUACUAACGACAAUAAUUACUGUAACAACUGGUAGGGUUAUACUCGUAACAUACCAAGAAUUUUUACUCACAAAGCUACGACUAGAAUGGAAGCAAUGGAAUUAGUAUCUCAUAAAAAGUAAUGUCAAAUGCUAGUUGUGGUAUACAAAAUAUAAUAACCGUGCUCAUCCCGAAUUGUAAUCACCAAAUGAAAACAUGAAGAUUUACAUAAUUUGAUCGUACGAGUUUACAAAUUUUCUAUCAUCCGAAAAGUAAUAUCAGAAACAAUAAUAUUGCUCAAUAGUGGAGACAAAUUUAUAUAAACGCCGCAAGUAAUGGCGAUGGAAUGGAUUACCGCGAUGGACAAACGUCCUUGUGAUCGCAAUUUACGCGAUGCUGAACUGAUAUCCUGUCGUCUGCGACGCGUGGAGCCACUGUGUCGUCUGCCCAGUUCGGCAUUGCAGCAGUUAGCUAUGUGCGGCUUCUAUGAGGAUUUAGAAAAGGGUGUGACAUUAUUUCGUGCUGGUGAACAGGGUCGUUUUUGGUACGCCGUUCUAGGUGGUUCACUUGAAGUUCGUUACCAUGCUUCAGAGACCGAUGCCAAAGCACCAGUAACUUUGUGUAAUCUUAGUGUGGGCGCUACAUUCGGGGAGUCCAUAUUACACGAACUACCAAGAGAUAGCACUGUUGUCACGAAAACCACUUGUGAGUUGCUUCGUGUGGAACAACAAGAUUUUCGACUUAUUUGGGAAAAAAAUAAAGAAUUGAUGAAUGACAUUAUUACAACUUGCAAAUUGAAAAAUGGGUUCGGUUCCGGAGUUUCACCAAUUGCUUCGUCUCCAACUAAGCGUCCUCUAAGUCCAGAUCAUCCGAAUCCGGCUUUACCUAUUUCAGAGUCUCCGAGUUCUACUAUGAGUCGAAUGGGAUGGGCCUUGCGUACACUUCUUAUUGCUGACGGUUCAAGUUGUCUCAAGGAUAGAAAAGUAGCUGGUAAAUUUAUUCGAAAAUGUGCACCAGGAACGGAAUUAGUGGAUUGGCUGUUGAAUUUGUCAUCUAUUGUUCACACUCGAGCCCAAGCUGCUGGCAUGUGGCAAGCGCUGCUUGAAGAAGGGGUGCUAUCCCAUGUGAAUAAAGAGCAACCCUUUAAGGAUAAAUGUUUUUUGUACCGUUUUCGUGUUGACGAAGAUGGCAGUGCUGGCAGCUACUCAACGACCGAGGAUACUAAUGCUGCUAAUGAAUAUGUUCGUGAGUCUCUGAGCACACUUUUCCAACGUGGACCAGAUGCAAUACUGCGAAUGAUUUUACGAAAGCCCUCACACGAACGAACUCCUGAAGAACUUGAACUGAUUUUUGAGGAGCUUUUACACAUAACGGCCCUUUCACAUUUGUCGACAAGUAUAAAGCGUGAACUCUCCUCCAUUAUCGUUUUUGAAUCGCAUGCAGAAGCUGGAACAAUACUAUUUAAUCAAGGUGAUGAAGGUCGUUCAUGGUAUAUAUUGCUCAAGGGAUCUGUGGACGUGGUAAUACAUGGGAAAGGUACCGUAGCUACUCUUAAGAAUGGUGAUGAUUUUGGUAAACUCGCAUUAAUAAACGAUGCUCCCAGAGCAGCAACAAUCGUCUUAAAGGAGAAUAAUUGUCAUCUUUUACGCGUUGAUAAGGAACAUUUCAAUCGUAUUCUGCGCGAUGUAGAGGCAAAUACGUUGAGACUUCAAGAACACGGCAAGGAUGUUUUAGUGCUCGAGCGUGUGGCUAAGCAAAGGGGCCAGCAUUCAGCAUUUAAGUAUACGGUAAUGUCGGGAACUCCAUCAAAGAUGUUGGAACAUUUAUUGGAAACACGGCUCGGAAAUCAAGUGAGCGGUUUGGAUCCCUUUUUGGACGAUUUUUUGCUUACACACAUAGUUUUCAUGCCUGUUGUGCAGCUAGUGGAUGAACUGGCCAAUUAUUUUCAUUGCGACUCGAACAAUGGUUCGCAAACCCCAGAGGAUCGGGAAUAUAUAAUUAACUUCAAGAAGCGCGUUGUACAGUUCAUGCAAAAAUGGGUGACGGCCGUGCGGCAUGCAGCAUUCGACGAACCAACCGUCUGUGAUUUUAUUGAGGACUUAGCAACUGAAAUAGAAGCUGAUCAAGAACUGAGUGAAGAAACUAGCAUUAUACAUAAUGUUCUUACACAAAUGACACGUUAUCAGGAGGAUCGUAAUCAAAACACUGGGCAAAAAUGGAAGCUACCACCAAAUGGACAACCCAUAUGUUUAUUUAGCGGAAAUGCUACACCUUCAAAAACUAUUAUUCGUCCCGAUGACGAUAUCAUAUUUCGAGUAUACUGUGCCGAUCACACAUACUGCACUUUAAGAUUUCCACUCCAUACUACCGCCGGGAUAAUAAAAGCCUGUGCUGCCGAUAAACUGCAAUUAAACCGAGGACCUGAAGAUCUAGUACUAAUCGAAGUAAAAUCGAACGGAGAGCGUUCACUCUAUAAAGAUAACGAUGUUAGUAUUCCCACUAGCCUCAGCCUGAAUGGUCGUCUUUUUGUCUCAGUGAAAGAUCACCUGGAUGCAUUGACACCACUCCCUGAACAAGAAGGACCAACUGAAGGCAUAGACAUUGAUUUGGAAAUAUUGAGCACGAAAGAAAUAGCGUACCAAAUGACACUUUUUGAUUGGGAUCUGUUUUGGGCAGUACAUGAGUAUGAACUUCUGUAUCAAACAUUUGGGAGACAUCACUUUGGCAAAAUAACCGCCAAUCUAGAUGUAUUUCUUCGUCGCUUUAAUGAAUUGCAAUUCUGGAUCGCAACGGAAAUAGUAACUACCAGCAGCAUGUGUAAACGUGUUGGAUUAUUAAGAAAGUUCAUCAAAUUAGCUGCCUAGCACUGGAAACUAUUAUUUCGGCUUCAGCUAACAAAUUUAACUUUGCGAAAUAAUGAACUAUUUCCUCGCUCGAAUUUUUUAUAGCUCAGAACUAGACGAGGCAGUGUUGCCAGGAAAUUAUAAAUAUUGUUAACUCCUGAAAACGAAUUACAAGCUAUUGGUAGAAAAAUUACUCUUAACAAUUCACCACUGGACGCUAUAAAUAUGUAUAUAUUUGUUCAAUCAAAUUAUUCGAUAUCGUUCCAAAUUUAUUUACGGCAAUACGGGUUUUGCUAACUUGUCGGCUGCUUAUAGAGCGCACAGUCAAUAAAGACUGGUACGAGUUGGCUCGGUAGGGCCGGCCCUGCGCUUUUUAUACUCUUACAAUAUUUUGCUAUGAAGUAUUGUUCACCUAUGUAUAGUAUAUCUAACUCGAUGAUCAAGAUGAUGAGACGAGUUCGAAUCCGAAUGACUGUCAGUCUGUCGUGCAAGAUGUAACUUGAGCAAAAAUUAAGAUAUCGUAAUGAAAAUUCGUCUUCGCGUUCCUUAGUUAAAAAGUACGAGUUUGUAGAUGGGCAUAAUCGGUCUACUGUCACACCCACAAAACGCCAUUAACCAAAAAUUUUCAAAGUUCCAAACCUAACCAAUAAAUAAGAACGCCGCUCACUCACCAUAUAACAGUACAGUUAAAAACUACCAAAAGUGUAGUAAACUAAUAACUAAAUAAGACAGAGACAUUAGCUUGGGACACAACCGACCGAUUUCAAAUAAAAUUAGUAGGUGAAAUUCUUUAUAAUGUCACCAUAUGACCAAAAAUUUCCCAAAUCCAACCAAAACUGUUCAAACCCCUAAUUACCGAAUAUGUGUACCACAGUAUCUAUAGUUGACUUUUGACCGAAAAUAUCGCUCUGAUAUCUGCAAAAUCACAGAAUGCUCGAUGCACAAUGGUUUAAGAUGUCAGCUGUUGGACUUUCUAUGUUGGAAAACUUAGAUGAUAAACCGCUAAGAAUGUAUCAAACGAAUGAUAAGAGAUAUUGAACAAAAACCCCUGUACUAGUGCUAAAUUGAUAUUGAA